AUGGAUAGAGACACUAAAUUAGCUUUUAGGCUGAGGGGUAGCCAUUCAAGGAAGACAGAUGACAUAAAUGAUGACAUUAUUGUCUUUAGAACCCCAAAUGCGCUUCACGCGGAGGAUAAUUCACCCGUUCAAUCACCUGUUCAUCCAAUGUUGUCUUCACCAAAACGUGCAAAUUCGUUUGAACCUCCCAGCGAUUCUGGUAAUAUGGAUGCACAGGAUCGCUACGAACAUGAAUAUCAUCCCGUGGAAAUAGAAGACUACCCCAUGGUUGACUCUGGAGACGAGAGUUCCUCUAAUAAGCAGCCGCAAAAUGUGAGAAAUGAUGAAGAGCUCACGACUCGGUAUAAAUUCGAUGAUAUACCUAUCAGACAGUUAUCGUCUUCUAUUACUUCAGUAACUACGAUUGAUGUUCUGUCUUCCUUGUUUAUAAAUUUGUUUGAGAACGAUUUAAUUCCACAGGCUUUGAAGGAUUUUAAUAAAAGUGAUGAUGAUCAAUUUAGAAAGCUAUUAUACAAAUUAGAUCUGCGGCUCUUUCAAACGAUAUCAGAUCAAAUGACUAGGGAUUUGAAGGACAUAUUGGACAUUAAUGUAUCGAAUAAUGAACUUUGUUACCAAUUAAAGCAUGUGCUUGCUCGAAGGGAAGAUCUGAAUCAGCAGAUAAUAUCGGUACGGAAUGAAAUUCAAGAACUGAAAGCCGGUAAAGAUUGGCAUGAUUUACAAAAUGAACAAUCUACGUUGAACGAUAAGGUGAAACUGAAUAAAGGGUUGAAUGAUUUGACAUCUGCCUUAUUAGGUAAACAUCAGGCUAGUGGCAACAUCAUGAACCAAGAUAUAGACGACGAUUCGAUACGGGAUGACUCAAAUAUUUUGGAUAUUACACAUUUUGCCGACUUAAUGGACCCAUAUGAUGGACUUCUUAAAAGAAUUUAUAGAAUAAACGAAAAACUCUCGAACGAAUUACAGCCAAGUCUAUAG